AUGUUAAGUAAACUCCAACAGCAGACUUACAUGUAUUUACUUCAACGCUAUUUAGAGAUUAAACACAACUCUAAGAGUGAAUCUGAGACCCGAUUCUUGCGAUUAAUGAAUUGUGUGAAUGAGUUGUAUGCCGUGAGCAAUAAUUUUGGUGCCAUAACAUGUGAAUCGUGUCGGACAUUCUUCAGGAGGAGUUCCACCAGAGCUGAGGAAUAUGAAUCCAAAAGACAAAGCAAAACAAAAACUAUUGAUUGUUAUUCAACUGAUACCACGGAUAGUAAUGAAUACAAAGAGUUGUGUGAAGACGACAAAAUCAUUUUACUAAAGACCUCGUGUCCUGAGAUACUUUGCUUGUAUAAAGUGGUUAACUUUGAUUUCGAUGGCGAGUUCUGGAGGGUUCCCAUUACUCCAACAGAAGACUUACAUUAUUAA